UCUAAAGGUGUUUUGUGGACUCGAACACUUCCCCCUCUCCUCCUUGGGCACAGGGGUGAGUGGACAAUGAGUGGAUUUUAAUUUUUCGGGUGAACCAUCCCUCUGAGUUGUGGAGAUUUAAAUGUAAAAAGCUGUAAAUUCCGGGAGUGCAGGCGGGUCAUGAAGGCGGUUCUGAGCCUCAGACCGUGAAGGAGCGUCGACAUGUCGGACUGGGAAGAAGACUCGUCCCUCCAGGAGCCUGAGCCGAGAUCCCGCUGCGAGGACCGUCCACGGGACCGCGUGUUCUACGGUGCGAGAGACGGACCGAGGUUCGGAGGCCCGAGACACUGGAGAGCCGACCGGAGCGACGAUCGCAGGAGCCCGGCAGGUGGACGCGAGGGCCGCGCCUUUCCCCCGGACGCGGACCGCGGGGGUGCCCGGGAGCGACGGACUUUCGGCGGUGAAAGGUCGGACUCUUCCCCGCCCGUGACACUCACCGUGGAAAAUGCCUCUGUCGGGAGGAUAAUAGGUCGUGGAGGAGCCAAAAUCCGUGAACUUGAAGAAAGCUCAGGGGCCCGGAUCAAGAUAAACAAGGGGGAUUAUGAAGGCGAGGUGCUCAUCUUUGGGUCCUCCGCUGCCCAGGAGAAGGCCAAGGAGAUGAUUGAAGACUUGUUGGCAGAGGGCAGCUCGAGAUUUUGCAAUGGGCCUGGUAAGGCGGGAGACUACGGAGGAGUAAGAAAAGACUCAGUCUGGUCUUCUGAGCAGUUAAAAGCUUCCAGUGUUAUUCUACCCCAACCAUCCAUAGAUUGGAACUCCAUCCGGGAGAACAGGGGAAAGUAUGAAGAGCUCAAGUGGCAGGACCUCCCACCCUUGAACAAGAAGUUUUACACUGAGGCCGAGAGUGUAUCCAUGCUCCUAGCAGAGGAAGUCAGAGAAUGGAGGAAAGAGAAUAACAAUAUCUUUGUGGACGACCUGAAGGAAGAAGGGGAAAAGCGACCCGUUCCCAAUCCCUGCCGCACUUUUCUGGAAGCCUUUGAGCCUUAUCCAGAGAUCAUGGAGAAUAUUGAGCGAGUUGGCUUCGUCAAACCAACCCCCAUCCAGUCUCAGGCAUGGCCAGUGUUGAUGAGUGGAGAGGACCUGAUAGCCAUUGCUCAGACAGGAACUGGGAAAACUCUGGCUUACCUGCUGCCAGGGUUCAUCCAUAUGGACGGGCAGCCUGUACCAAGGGCUGAGCGCAAUGGUCCUGGCAUGUUGGUGCUGACUCCCACCCGAGAGCUGGCCCUGCAGAUUGAAACUGAGUGCAACAAGUACAGCUAUAAAGGCUACAAAAGUAUCUGCAUCUAUGGUGGAGGGGAUAGGAAAGGACAGAUCAACACGGUAAAGCACGGAGUGGACAUAGUCAUCGCCACACCAGGACGACUAAACGAUCUCCAGAUGAACGAGCUCAUCAAUCUUCGCUCUAUCACCUACUUGGUGCUUGACGAGGCUGACCGAAUGCUCGAUAUGGGCUUUGAACCUCAGAUAAUGAAGAUUCUCCUGGACAUCCGCCCUGACCGACAGACCGUCAUGACCAGUGCCACCUGGCCCACCGGUGUGAGACGACUGUCCAAAUCCUACUUAAAGAAUCCCAUGAUGGUUUAUGUCGGCACCCUGGACUUGGCAGCGGUUAACACAGUGGAGCAAACUGUGCUGAUCGUCCACGAAGAAGAGAAAAAGUCCUACGUGUUUGACUUCAUCAAAAACAUGCUGCCGCAGGAUAAAGUCCUCAUCUUUGUUGGCAAGAAGCUUGUGGCCGAUGACUUGUCCAGCGACAUGUGUCUGCAGGGUCUGGCUGUGCAGAGUCUCCAUGGUGACCGUGAGCAGUGUGACCGGGAAGAAGCCCUCAAGGACUUUAAAGAGAGUCGAGUUCGUAUCCUGGUUGCCACAGACCUGGCAUCCAGAGGGUUGGACGUCCAUGACAUAACACAUGUCUUUAACUUUGACUUUCCACGUAACAUAGAGGAGUAUGUCCAUCGUGUGGGCCGCACUGGCCGAGCUGGACGCUCAGGCGCUGCCGUUACCCUGGUAACAAGAGACAACUGGAGGAUGGCCCCUGAACUGAUCCCUAUCCUGGAGCGAGCGGGACAGGAGGUCCCUGAGGAGCUGGUGCUCAUGGCAGAGAGAUACGAGAAGCACAAGAGGGAGAAGGACCUUUGCAGUCCGAGGGGAGGACAGGGAUGGGGAGGAGGGGGAAGGAGAGAAGGCGGAGGGAGAGAAAGCGGAGGGAGAGGAGGCAGAGAUCGAAGCCAGAACUGGGGUUUCUAAUAUGUAAUUGUUUCUAUAUAGGUUCACACAAACCACAAUGUUCCCGACAGAUUCAUAGACGGAAGUGGAAACGUACAGUUAAGAACUUAAACAUUCACACCUUUAACUGUUAUUCUAAUAAGACUAAUGUUCAUUUUCUUUUUGUGUUGCAGAAUCUGA